AUGCACUUUCAAAGAAUUUUAGAAGCUUAUGAACAGCGUUGGUUGGAACGCCAUGAUUAGAAUAAAAAGUUUAGACCAAAAAAAUUAAUUACAGACACCCCUGACAUCAAAGACAUGAUUUUAAUGAAAGAGAAUUUACCAUUAUCUAAACAGCAACAAAUUAACCAAUCAAAAGAAGUGCCAAAGAAAAUUCGAUUGAAAUAACAAUUGCAAGAAGAAUGUCCAAUUUGUAUGAUGAACUUAGAUGACUUAUAAAAUGUCUGCGAGAUUGAUGUCUGCAAGCAUUAGAUAUGUUUAACUUGUAUAAAAGAAUGGGCAGAGAAAUAUAAAACAUAAUGUCCUUAUUGCAGAGCCAAAUUCAAAAAAAUCUACCCAAUUGAAAAUGGCAAAAGAAAGAAUUCUCCUAUCAAAUUAAAUCUUAAAUAACCAAAAUGGCAACCAGAACAAGAUCAAUUUUAUAAUUCUUAAGAAGAACAAGAAGAAAAUUAAAUGUGCUAAAUUUGUGGAUGUUCUCACUCAUAGUAUUUAAUGUUGAUAUGUGAUAAAUGCAAUGAAUAAAUGUGUCAUACAUUCUGUGAUCCAGGUUUUUUAGAGUUUUUUGUGCCUGAAAAAAAUUGGUACUGUCUUGAUUGCCGUAAAUCUAAAUUAGUUUAUCACAAGCCUAAAUGA